AUGGUUGCAUCCGGUGACAGCAUGCAACUAGACCACACAGCAUGUAUUGCUCACGAAAUUUAUCUCAUUUUGUCGACUGUACUUAAGAAAAAGAAGAGACCUCCUGAACAGGACCGAGAAGCCUUGGAAAUUGCCGUGGAAGCUGAACCAGAUGCAGUAUGUACAGAAUACGAAGGUGAUGACGAACUGUCGGACGCAGACAGAGAACAGAUGCAGACUCUGCGAGAUGAUAUAUUGGAGGAGAUGGAUACUUUUGUUAACAAUGCUGUGGAGGAUGUCGAAAAAGAUCAGCUGGCUGAAAUGCGUGUUAUCGUGCAGAAGUUUCGAAGCUUGGCAGUUUAUUUCCGGAAAUCACCGAAGGCUCGGAACAGAUUAGCCUUGCUGCAGACCGAAAAGCUAAGGAUUCCAAAAAAAGGAUGUUGUAAAUCCUGUUGUUGA